AUGCUCGCGACGCACUCGCUGCUGCCCAUCUGCCGCGCGUUCACGGAGCACGCGUCCAUCGCCAUGGAGGAGCGCGACAUCUCCCUCGCGGGCCGCGUCCUCGCCAACUUCCCCGAGCACCUGACGCCGGACCAGCGCAUCGACGACGAGCUCGCCGCGCUCGGCGAGCUCGCGAAGUCGCCCGCGGCGAACAUCAUCAAGCUCCCGAACAUCUCCGCGUCCAUCCCCCAGCUCGAGGCGUGCAUCGAGGAGCUCCAGUCCAAGGGCUACGCCGUGCCCGACUACGACGAGGACAGCAAGGCGCGCUACGCCAAGGUCCUCGGCAGCGCCGUGAACCCCGUGCUCCGCGAGGGCAACAGCGACCGCCGCGUCGCCAAGCCCGUCAAGGACUACGCCAAGGCGAACCCCCACAAGAUGGGCGCCUGGGAGCCCACGUCCAAGUCCCACGUCGCCCACAUGUCCGACGGCGACUUCUACGGCUCCGAGCAGUCGCACGUCGUCGGCGCGCUCGGCGACCACAAGGACGCGGGCGUCGUCACGAUCGAGUUCGUCCCCGCCGGCGGCGGCGAGGCCCAGACGCUGAAGAAGCGCACGCCCCUCCAGGCCGGCGAGGUCAUCGACGCGUCGCGCAUGGACGUCGCGAAGCUCCGCGCGUUCUUCGCGGCGGAGAUCGACGACGCCAAGGACCAGGGCGUCCUCUUCAGCCUCCACCUCAAGGCGACGAUGAUGAAGGUCAGCGACCCCAUCAUGUUCGGCCACUGCGUCGAGACCUUCUACCGCGACACGUUCGCGAAGCACGCGGACUUCGUGAAAGAGCACGGCGUCGACGCGACGAACGGCCUCGGCGACUUCUACGCCAAGCUCGACGCCUGCGGCGACGAGAAAUUGAAGGCCCAGAUCGCCGCGGAGCUCGAGGAGUGCCUCACGGACUGCGAGUCGAAGCGGCCGCCGCUCGCCAUGGUCGACAGCGACCGCGGCAUCACGAAUUUGCACGUGCCCAGCGACAUCAUCAUCGACGCGUCCGUGCCCGCGGCCCUCCGCGAGAGCGGCAAGAUGUGGGGCCCCGACGGCGAGCUCAAGGACGCCAAGUUCGUCAUCCCCGACCGCUGCUACGCGACGUCGUACGCCAAGGUCGUCGACCACUGCAUCGCGCACGGCGCCUUCGACCCGACGACCAUGGGCUGCGUCGCCAACGUGGGCCUCAUGGCCCAGAAGGCCCAGGAGUACGGCUCCCACGACAAGACGUUCACCGCGCCGGGCGCCGGCGCGAUCCGCGUCGUCGACCGCGCGUCGGGCGACGUUUUGAUGUCCCACGACGUCAGCGAGGGCGACAUCUGGCGCAUGUGCCAGACCAAGGACAGCCCCAUCCAGGACUGGGUCAAGCUCGCGGUGUCGCGCGCGCGCGCGACGGGCGACCCGGCGAUCUUCUGGCUCGACGAGACGCGGCCGCACGACGCGAACCUCAUCGCCAAGGUCAACGCCUACCUGCCGGAGCACGACACGGCGGGCCUCGACAUCUCCAUCCUCGCGCCGCCCGACGCCAUGGCCAAGACGCUCGAGCGCUGCCGCGCGGGCGAGGAUACCAUUAGCGUGACGGGCAACGUGCUCCGCGACUACCUCACGGACCUCUUCCCCAUCCUGGAGCUGGGCACGUCGGCGAAGAUGCUCUCCAUCGUGCCCCUCCUCGCCGGCGGCGGCCUCUUCGAGACGGGCGCGGGCGGCUCCGCGCCCAAGCACGUCCAGCAGCUCCAGGCGGCGAACCACCUCCGCUGGGACUCGCUCGGCGAGUUCCUCGCGCUCGCCGUGUCGUUGGAGGACCUGGCGAACAAGACGAACAACGCCAAGGGUUUGGUCGUGGCCGACGCGCUCAACGACGCGACGGCGAAGCUGCUGGCGGAGGACAAGUCGCCGAAGCGGAAGCCGGGCACGCUGGACAACCGCGGGUCCCACUUCUUCAUCGCCAAGUACUGGGCCGAGGCGCUCGCCGCCCAGACGACGGACGCCGAGCUCGCGGAGCGCUACGCGCCCGCCGCGGCGCUCCUCGCGGCGAACGAGGCCACGAUCCUCGAGGAGCUCGCCGUCGGCUCGCACGCGCCCGCGGACAUCGGCGGCUACUACAAGGUCGACGCGGCCAAGGCCGACGCGGUCAUGCGCCCGUCGCCGACCUUCAACGCCAUCAUCGACUCCCUCACCAAGUCCAUCAAGUUCCUCGACGACGAGGCCGAGAAGGUCGCCGCGUAA